AUGGUUCGAUUAUUCAUAAAUAUUAUAAUUCUUACCGUUAUUCUUAUGUGUAUUGAUUUAAAUGAAAGUAGAUCCUUACUAACUGAAGGUAUACGACCAGUUCAAGCUUAUUCUCCUAUUGAUCGUUUAAAUUUUCCAGAUGUUUCAUCAUCAUCUACUGAAGAAGAUACGAUAAAUACCGAACGACAUAAACGAAAUUGUUUUCUCUAUGCUGCGAAGUCAAAAAAUCGUGCACCUAAAUGGAUGUGUUGGUAA